GUGGUUUAAAAUUCUUUUUUAUAUAGAACUGUAUUAUACGUACAUUUUAAGGAGGGGGUUACGAAUUUAAAGAGAUUAUUUCUUAGUUAUUCAUAAUUACUAUACUUCAUUUAUAGGUAACAGAGCAUACAGAGUUAUACUUCAUGUGGAUAUAAAAAGAAUUGACAAUGGUUAAAGCAAAGAAGAAACAAUUAUCAGAACUUUCUCAGAGAAAACGAAAUCAGCAAAACAAAAAAAGCUUAAAUCCAUUUGAGGUGCAUAUAAACAGAGACAAACAAAAUGUUUUGGGGAAAAGAAGCAAAACAGACAAAGGACUUCCAGGAGUAUCCCGUACGAAAGCAAUUCAGAAACGCAAGGGAACACUUCUUCAGGAAUACAAAUUGAAAAAUAAAGAUAAUGUGUUCUUAGAUAAACGUAUAGGUGAAAAGAAUGUUGCUAUGAAUGAGGAGGAUAAAGCUAUGGCUAGAUUUGCUGUGGAACGAAUGAAAGCUCACAAGAAGAAAAAUAUUUACAGUUUAAACAAUGAAGAAAUAUUGACACACAGGGGUCAAACUUUGGAGGAGAUUGAGAAGUUCGAUGAUCCAAAGAGUGAUGACGAAUUUAGUGACAAUGAAAACAAGACAGGAAAACUAGAUAAUAAAUUUGUUGGGGAGGCACAUUUUGGUGGUGGUAUUCUGUCAAAAUCUGAAUCUGGAAAGUCUCGAAAGGAUCUCAUUGAUGAACUUAUAGCAGAAUCAAAGAAACGUAAAGCUGAGAAGCAAAAGAUACGUGAACAAACCAUAGAUUUAACAGAAAAACUUGAUUCAGAAUGGAGAGAUCUCCUUCCAAUUGUAACCGCAGCUAAUAAAACAAUUGAAGAGGCAACUAAUAAAUCCAAAGCUGAUGAUUAUGACAUUGCUGUGCGAACAUUAAAGUUUGAAGCUAGAGGUAUGCCAACUGAUAAAUUAAAAUCUCAAGAAGAAAUUAUAAAAGAGGACAAGGAAAAGUUAGAGGCCCUUGAAGCAGAUCGAUUAGCAAGAAUGAAAGGAUUUGUGAAUGAUUCAAAUAAUGCAAUUAAACAUAAAUCUGCAGACGAUCUUGAUGAUGGUUUUGCAUUAGAAACUAUGACUGAUAAAGUUGACGAAGGCAAUGCUUCAGCUAAAAAUAUGGAAGAGGAUUCGGACAAUGAGAAUAACUAUGUUAGUGAUGCAAAAAACAGUGAUGCUUCUGAAAUUGUAGAUAGCCAAGAAAUUGUACAGAUAGAUGCUCUUCAAAUUAGUAGUAUCAAUAAGGAAGAAAGAAAAGUAGAAAAUGCCGCUGAGGAAAAUUCAGAAAAAAAUUCUGAUGAAGAACUCUCUGAACCUGAAAGUUCUGAAGAAGAUUUAUCAGACUUAAAAGUCUCAGAAUUUUCUAGUGAGGAGGAAGAAAGCACAUCAUGCAAAAGGAGUGUUUCAUUUGCAAAAAAUCAUGAAAGUUUUGUCACUGAAAAGAGAACUUCCAGUUUCACAAAAGGAAAAUCAAUAUUAAAGUCGGAACCUGAUACAAACAUCACAGAAGUAGAAAAUAAAAACAAGAAACAAAAAAUUAGAGACGAUUUAUUAAAAAGAAAAGAAAUUAUGGAGAAAGCAAGGAAAGAAUUGCCUUACACCUAUGCAGCACCACAGACUUACGAGGAAUUGCAAAAAUUGUUGGAGAAUCAUAAUGCUGAAUAUCAGUCAGUUAUUAUUGAUCGUAUCAUAAAAUGCAAUCACUGGACAUUAGAUGGCAAAAAUAAAGAAAAGUUAUCAAAUUUAUUUUUAUUUUUAUUACAGCACAUAAAUGAUUGUGCUGUAGAAGAUGAUGUAAACAGUGUAGUUGACUGUUUUCAAAUUUUUGAUAGAUUAUGUCCAUUUGUAUAUGAUUUAGCACACAUGAAUUCAGAAAAUGCUAAAAUGUGUAUACAAGAAAUAAUUAAAGAGAAACAUGCAGAGUUUGAGAAACAUAAGAAGAAAUAUCCUAAUCUAGAUACAUUGAUUUUCUUCAAAUUGGUUUCUUUAAUAUUUCCAACAUCCGAUUUUCGACAUCCUGUCGUUACACCUUGCUUGAUAUUUAUGACCCAAUGCUUACUUAGGUGUCAUGUUAAAAAUAAAGCAGAUAUUUCAAAAGGCCUUCUCAUAUGUACACUUGUUUUAGAGUACACGGUACUAAGCAAACGAUUUUCUCCAUCUGUGAUAAAUUUCUUACGUGGAGUAAUUUAUGUAUCCACGCCAAAACACUCGAUUCAAGGGAUAAAAAUUAUACCACCCUUCAAAACAAAUGGAGAAUUAAGUAAUUUGUUGGUACUUGAUGAUGAUCAGACGAAUCUAGAUAUUGAACCGAGUAACGCACUUAUGAAAGCUGAGGAUUUACUACUAGGAGAACUAACCGAUGAAUUCAAGAUAAGGGCUUUGUUAACGGCUGUUAAUUUAAUGCGUGAAUUCAAGAACCAAUUACAAGAAUUAGAAGCUGCAUAUUCGAUUUUCGAACCAACAUUGAAAUUGCUUACAGCAAAUGCGUUCCACGAGUAUCCAUCGACUGUCAAGAAGCAUAUUAAACAAUUAAGAAAAGACUUGAAGGAAUUAAAAAAAAGGAAAUUGGAAUACAUUGUACUGGAGAAGAAAAAGCCAAAACCACUCAGGUUGUAUGAACCUCGAAUUGAAGCAGUGUACGAUGGUAAGAAACAUAAGACAAUGAGCAAGGAGAAAGCAGAAAGAGAAAAAUUGUUGCAUAAAUAUAAGAAGGAAAUGAAAGGUGCUGUUCGUGAAAUACGAAGGGAUAGAGCGUUCAUAGCGAAGGUACAAAUCAAACAGCAAAUAAAGGGCGACGAAGAACGUAAACGUAAAGUAAAAGAAAUCUUCGGUGAUGCUGCAACGCAACAGAGUGAAUUGAAGAAAUUGAAAAGAAAAAAGUAA